UUUCAGGGUUAUUUUUUGGUUAAGUGGAGAGCACUAUCAGAAUCUGCUCUGUACAAUUAUGGGUGGCAUGGCAUUACUACAUAUAUAUCAUAAAUAAUAAUAUGAAUAAACGGCAGUAGUCGUUUCGGUGAAAAAAGCUCAAAUGUUUGUGAGUGCCAAAGUUCCGGAAGGAGCUUGGAUGUUCCGAUAUGCACUUGAAGGCAGCACCAACGGCUACUGCCCGCCAUACUAUUGACAGGCGGCACUCUGUUAGGAAGCAAAGAUGGAGGAGUUUCCAGUUAAACAAGUGAACGAAAACCUCGACGACCCUCCAAACAGCCGGCUUUUUGCCGUCACAAGUCGGUCCUUAACCGAAGAGCAGCUUCGGGAAAGUUUCUCUGUGUUUGGGGAUGUCCAGGGGGUUUGGGUCGUCAAAGACAAGCAGACAAAGGAGUCUAAAGGCAUUUCCUAUGUGAAGUUCGCCAAGUCGUCGCAGGCCUGCCUGGCCAUGGAGGAGAUGCACGGCAAAGUGCUCGUGGAUGGGACGAAACCGAUCAAGGUGUUUAUUGCCCAGUCACGGUCUUCAACCAGACACAGAGACGUUGAGGACGAGGAGCUGACCAGGAUCUUUGUCAUGAUCCCCAAAACCUUCUCAGAGGAAGACCUUAAAGACACAUUCAAGGAGUAUGGCGAUAUUGAGUAUUGCGUGAUCAUCAAGAAUAAGUUCACAGGGGAAAGUAAAGGACUGGGCUACGUGAGAUACUACAAACCCUCCCAGGCAGCCGUCGCUAUAGAGAACUGUGACAAAACUUACAGGGCCAUCCUGGCUGAACCUCGCUCCAAGGCUACAGCAACAGAAGACUACUCCGGGCAGGCGCCCAGAGGAGAUUACUCAAGCGGGGGUGGUGACUCCACGAACCAGUAUGCGUCGUUUCCUAUGGCAUCUGACCCUGGCAACUACCCGCCCAUUGACUACCGCUCCAGUGACGUCACGCGGUGCCUGAUGAUGUCAACACGGGCCGCACUUACCCAGGAGCAGAUCUUUGCUCUGUUUGACAUCAUUCCUGGUAUGGAAUACUGUGAGCUGCAGAGAGACUCUUAUGGAAUGAGCAAAGGUCAUGCUUUGAUUCGCUACGGGAAUCUUGGAUCUGCGGUUUACGCCAAGGAAAAGCUCAAUGGCUUUGAAUAUCCACCUGGCAACAGACUGGGAGUCAAUUUUGUUGAUGACGGAGAGGACCGCAGCAGUCCUGUCGGCCGCAUGGCCAUGCAGUUUGUCGCAACCCAGAUGAUGUCUGCAGCGUGGAACGGACCCUCCGGCAGCCAAGGGAUGAAACCUCCUCCUAACUUCCCCCCCGUCUCCAACAUGUCCCGGAUUCAGACAGACGUCAACCUGCCCUCUCUGAAGAAGCUCGCUCCUCCUGACAGCAAGGCGAAGGAGCGCUUGUUUGUCGUGUUCAGCCCCUCCCCACUGCCCCCAGAUGUGCUGGAGGACGUUUUCUGUCGCUAUGGUUCCCUUAUUGAGGUCCAUUUGGUUCCCGGGAGGAAGGUGGGAUACAUGAAGUAUGCAGAGAAACAGUGUGCGGACGAGGCCCUUGACGCGCUCCACGGUCGGGUCAUCAACGGAGUGAAGAUGAAGGUGAUGCUGGCCGAUCCUCCCAGAGAGGAAUCUCACAAGCGUCCUCGUACCUACUAGGACCAAGUGACAGAAGUGACGGCGACUGUUGUCAUGACACAAUGACACCUGACCUGACCGACCGACCAACAUCAAGACCAUCUCCCGACCUCUGACACGACCUUUGACACCUGUCUGACCUUACUUCUGGUCAGUGACCUUACUGAUAUAACAAGUCCACCGUAGCAUCCUCUACUAACAUGGAGUUUUAGUCCCGUCCGGUCUUUGAGCAGCAACAUGCACAGAAUGUGUUUCUUGUUAGCCUGACUUUGAUUUUAUGCUUUUUUUAAGUGCAUAGUUUCAACUUUGACACUGUUCAUGGCAGUAAGACAGUUUUAUUUUUCAGAUGUGGUUCUUACUUUUUCCUCUCAUGUGUGUCAUCUCAUGUUGAGCUCAGUUCAAAGGUCAUCAGACUAACUGUAAACCUUUUUUUUCCGUCUCAGUGAAAAAUAAAAGUCUGUUGAACCAUU